AUAAUAUUUCCGCGACAGGCAUUUCAAACUGAUAACGGCAUCGAGAGCGGGUAAUCUCCACGCGAACAUAAUUGUAUAUAAAACAAUUUCAGCUGCAGUAAGUCGCAAAUGGCGACGUCGUUCUGGUACUUCUUUUUGAUAGGAUUAUGCAUUUUGGCAAGGAUCGUCGAUGGCCGUCGGGAGAUUAAGUUUAACUGUACCUUAACGGCCAAUUACUACGAUUGCCUAUUUCGAGAUGUGAUCAUUCGAAGUGAAUCGGAAGCGGACAGCAUAUUUUUCGGCGAACAGAACUUCAACGAUACCAGCAUAGCCUUUCGCGAUUGCUCGAUGGUGGUGUUGCCUAAGAAAGUGUUCGAAACGUUUCCAGCGAUUCAAUAUCUCUCAAGUGAUGCAUGCAACAUACAAAAACUACUUGGAGGAACAUUUGCCAAUGCCCAAAGAUUGCAGGAGCUUCAUCUAUACAAUAACAAGAUAUCAAAGCUCAAUAAUUUUGUGUUCAACGGAGCACUUCAGUUAGAAAUCUUGUCAUUGUACAACAAUACAGUCAAAUAUCUUGAAGAACAUGCUUUUGACGGACUGGGACAUCUGCGCCAACUCUACAUGGAUGAUAAUUUGAUAGAAAAACUACCAGAGAGCUUGUUUUCCGGUCUAGAAGAGCUUCAAAUACUGGAACUUCAGAAUAACAAAAUUAAGGAAAUCAAUGAUGACCAGUUCAUUCUGUGUUCAAUGUUGAGAGAACUAAACUUAUCGGCAAACAUGAUUAACACAUUCAACAUGACACAAUUGAUUGGAUUGAAUAAACUGGAGACACUAGACAUCGGAAAGAACUAUUUGGAUGAAGUUUUCGUGACAAAAUAUUUGCGCACCCUCAACGCACAGGAGAAUCAAGUCAGUCGAAUACUGAUGGAUCAGGGUGAUUUCUUUCAGCUCACUCAUCUGAACUUAUCUCGGAAUAAUAUUGCCAACAUAAACAAUAUUUUCAAGUUCCGCAAUCUUAUCGAAUUGGAUGUUUCUUACAACGAACUUAUUACAUUAGACUUCGUCAUAUUCGCCUUCAUGAAAAACCUCAAGGACAUCAAACUGAACAACAACCACUUGUGGAUAAUUGACAAUGGUAUUCCCGCUCCAGCCAAAUCCUUGCGAACGCUAAAUCUCGCUCAUAAUAAGUUUCUCUUUAUCGAUUUGGCCGUAUUCGAUACUUUUCCGGCACUGGAGAACAUCUACCUCCAUGGAAACGAGCUAAUCGAUAUGCGUAUCGAAGAAGUCGAGCAAAACUUCCCCUACCUCUCGUUAGUGUCCACGGACAACAACGAUUGGGAUUGUAUCAAUUUGAUGAAUAUUGUUACCACCCUGGAGCGCGCCUACGUCAAGUGGUCGACCGGCAAUCGCAACUGUACGAAACCCGAGCAGCACAAGUUUAUCUGUUGUACCUCGACGGAACAACACCUGCGGGAGAAAAUCGUGCGGCUCACCAAGGAGAUUUACAAAUCACGUAAAAUGAUAAAACAGCUUAUUAUGGAGAACGCCGAGUUGCGGACUGAGGUCGAGAUGCAAUUUCUACCAUCGGUUGAUUAGGUAAAGCGUUAUGGAAGAGUGGUAAAAUAUACCUCACGAAGUACGACAAUAAUUAGGCAUAUUUUUAAUUGUAAUGAGAUGGGUCCAUGCGAAAGAGUAUUGCUUAUAAGCCAAUAUAUUCAUUCUUCUUUACUCGUA